UCCUCCUCCACCCCCAACUGUAGUGCUCCACGCGCCCUCCGACGCCCUCCGCAUUUGUCCUCUCGCCUGCGCGCCGCUCACGCUCGCUUGUUGCACGACUGCAUCAUCCCUGCCGCCCGUCGUCAAAGAGCUGCGAGCGGACGGCCCCCGCACCACUCCUCUCAAUGUCGCUCCCUCCCGACUAUUCCAAUGAGAUCUCCGCCCUCAACCGCGAAAUCCUGAAGCACCAGCCCGCCGACGUCCUCCAGUUCUGUGCCAACUUCUUCCUGCGCCGCCUCGAGUCGCAGCGCGCCGAAUUCCUGCUCUCGCAGCAACAUUCCAGCCCCAAGGGCCGUGGCAUGGCCGAGAGCACCUUUCCCGGCAGCAAUCCCUUUGGCACACCCCCCAGCGCCGGCUUUGCGAGCAGUCAUAUGCACCGCCUCGAGGAGGAGGAGGAGAACGACACCAUUGCCUCCCCCACCGCAGCCUCAUUCGCGCCCUCCGCCAUGGACAAGGCUCAGGCCAGCGCCGCCGGCGAGGACACCUUUGGCAACUUCGCCGGCUUCGGCGCCUCGUCCAAGAGCGCCAGGUCACAGCCGCCCUCUGCUGGCGGCGCCUCAGACGCGCCCAGCUUCCCGAGCAACUACAAUCUGAACAGACGCACCUCCGUGUCCGCCGAGUCGCUCAACCCCGCCUCGUCCGCCAACGACAACUGGACUCCUCCAUACCAUCACAAGACGGACGAGCAGCAGGCCAGACUGAGGUCUGCUGUCUCCGGCAACUUCCUCUUCUCGCACCUCGACGACGAGCAGUCCGCGCUGGUCCUCGGCGCGCUGCAGGAGAAGCCCAUACCAACAAAGGGAAUCAAGGUCAUUCAGCAGGGCGACGUGGGCGACUACUUCUACGUCGUCGAGAAAGGCGCCUUCGACAUCUACGUCAACAAGUCAGGCAAGCUGGAGGCGGGCCCAGACGGCCUCGGCUCCAAAGUGGGCACCGUAGGACCGGGCGGUUCCUUCGGUGAGCUGGCCCUGAUGUACAAUGCGCCCCGCGCCGCCACCGUCGUGUCGGCCGAGCAGUCCACGCUUUGGGCUUUGGACCGCGUCACCUUCCGGCGUAUCCUCAUGGACAGCGCCUUCCAGCGACGCCGCAUGUACGAAGGCUUCCUCGAGGAAGUCCAGCUUCUUGCAUCCUUGACGCCCUACGAGCGUUCCAAGAUCGCCGACGCCCUCGAGACGAAGAAGUACCCCGCCGGAACCACCAUCAUCAAGGAGGGCGACGUGGGCGAGUCGUUCUAUAUUCUCGAGUCUGGAGAAGCCGAAGUCUACAAGCGCGGCAUUGAGAAGCCAGUCAACCGGUAUAAGAAGGGCGACUACUUCGGCGAGUUGGCAUUGCUCAACGAUGCGCCCCGUGCUGCUUCCGUGGUUAGCACCACGGAAGUCAAAGUCGCGACCCUGGGCAAGAAUGGCUUCCAGCGACUGCUAGGACCUGUUGAAGGAAUUAUGAGGCGGAAUGACCCGAGCAAAGCAGCAGAAGCACAUGACGCCGAUGGUGUGGACCCGUUGGCGAAAGCGACAUAGAAGGGUGCCGGAAAUAGCUUAUCACGACUGCGCUUUGCUCUGUACUGCUGAUGAGGACUUGGAUGUUUUGUACCGAACCAGGACGGGACGGGACGGAACGGGACGGGAAGGUUAGAAUUCUAACUUGUGUGGAUGGAGGAACGGAGCUGUACAGCCAGGCUCCUGCUUCUCAAUCUCUCUCUUCGGGCGUAUUCGCAUGUACUCUUACGCUUCCUACUAUCACUAAAUGUCACUUGCCGUUGGGAGGUUGAGA